AUGUUCGCAAAAAUUCGCCAAUGCCUGGCGUCUCUCUGGCCAUUUGAGAGACGCCAACCGCAACAAGCGGUUCAAGCCCAUGUGUUCAAGCGUCCUCCCCUGCCUACCCAAAGGGGAAAUCAACCAAGACCCUCUAAAAGACCCUUCAAGAGGUCUCUGGUGACAGGGCCCUCUCCCCGCAAUCCACUUUACUGGCCAAUCUCUCCUAUACGUGGAGGAUUCAAGAGAAAGGUCCGCGUUUACACGAGUUUGGAGAGAUUGGCCGCAAAGGGGCGGAGGGACAGGCAGCUGCAGAUAAUCAUUGCCGCCAACUGCAGCGCCUCAGCGCCGUUCCUCUCGGACCCCCCGACAUUUAAAGAGGCACCUGUAGCGAACGGUCAGGUUCAUCUGCAAGAAUCAACAUACCUUGCACUGCCAUUCGCGACGGAUGUCCCUGUAGAUGUCGAGAGGCCGCGGGGAGAGGGCUCUCCACAAACUCGCCCAUUGAAGCGGAAGCGUGGCACUCGCGAAUACCCCGAGUGUGAUGAUGAUAACCGGGUGUUCAAGAAGAUCAAAUUCGAUGUCUGGAUAAGCUCUCCGAUAAGGGCCCAUCACGUGGCUGGAAGUGCCCAUGCCCAAACGGGGCAAACGGUUGACGGUCCACGGGUGAUCCCCGCGAUACUGUACGUCGCCCAUAUGGAUGCUCCCGACGACCGAGAUAUUAAGCUUCAACGCGCCUCUGGCGAUCUGUUGAAGGAAUUUGAGGAGAAAUUGCAUCCGCUUCUGUGGAAGUCGCGGGGUCAGAGUGGGCAAGCUAAGGGAGUCGUGCACCGAUGGGCCCAAUCACCGAAGACGAACAGGUUGAUCGAACUGCUGGAGCGUUUCCAAGAAUGGCCUCAGCUUUUGGACCCCCAUCUGCAGAACUUCCUGCCUCCGUUGGUUGAGGCAUUCUUGGCCUACUUGAUCAAGUAUAGAGACCAAUAUGGCUCUCGACGAGGUCACGCUCCUACUCUCACCACUAUCUACCCACUGCCGAGGGCAAUCUGCAAGAUUCUUUACACCUUUUGCAAGGUUCGCGGCGUCAAAGUCAUCAGCCGGUUCUUGAACAAUGAGCCCAAGUACCUGGAGCUUAUGCUUCGCGUCUUCAUCGAGUGGGAUGCGGUCGUCGCUGACGAUCAAACCGACGCGUCGUCCAAGGUCCAUGUGGAACCUCUCAUCUGGGAGGAGCGUUACGUGAUGCUUAUGUGGCUAUCGCAUCUCCUGCUUGCUCCGUUUGAUCUGGCAUCCAUUGCAUCUGACGAUAUACCGAUUCCGUACGACAAUCUAGCCAUUCUGAAGUCAGUUCCUCCAAACACACCGAGAAUCGCGCAAGCAAUCCUCUCCAUAUCCCUCCGGUACGUCAUUACUCCUGCGAAGGAAAGAGAGGCUGCUACUACGCUCCUUGCCAGAUUGGUGCUGCGUCCGGACAUGCAACGCCUCGGCCUUUUGAAUAUUCUCACGGAUUGGGCAUUCUCUGUGAUGCAGCCAUCAUCGGAGGCAGAAUCUCCUCCAGCCUAUACCUGCAUAGGAGUCUUGUCGUUCCUUGCGAGAUUGGGAGUCUCAGGACAGGUUGACGAUCUCGCUCCGCUCGUGGUUCCAAUGUUUGAUAAAAUCCUUCGCAUUGCUCAAGGGGAAUCUGGUGUCUUUGAGACUAUUCGAUCUUCGGCCUCAGCUCGAAAAAUGCUAAUCAAGAUCCUUCGGACUUUAACAACCCUGACAUUGUCUAUUGCAGAAAGGGGCGAUGGUCGAAUCUCGGAUGACAAGGUCUCGUCCAUUUUGGAGGAAUCUAUUGAUUAUUUCCUCGUGGCACUCGCAGAUAAAGAUACCCCCGUGCGAUUUGCAGCAAGCAAGGCCCUCGCUGUUGUUACGCUCAAACUGGAACCUGAAAUGGCUGCUGAAGUGGUUGAAGCCGUUAUCGGAUCUUUGGACGAGAACAUACUCUACGAAAAGAGUGACGGCACUUUAGUGACCGCCUUUGAGGCACAGAAGCUGAAUAUGAAGUCUUUGAAGCGCAAUCUCAGUGCUGUCGAUGCACAGAGAUGGCAAGGUCUCAUUCUCACACUGUCUCACCUUCUAUUUCGCCGGGCUCCUCCGCCCCGCCAACUUCCGGAAAUUUUGCAAUCGCUUGUGUCUGGACUGGAUUUCGAACAGAGGUCGUCUACUGGGAGCUCCGUUGGCACUGGCGUUCGAGAUGGCUCGUGCUUUGGAAUCUGGGCUUUGGCACGGAAGUACACGACUAAGGAACUUCAGGCUAUAGAUGCAGCGGCCGUCAAAUUACCAACGGAACAAGACGAGAAGAGCGUGUUGCAGAUGCUUGCUGUUGAGUUGGUUUGUUCUGCUUGUGUUGACCCUGCCGGCAACAUUCGACGGGGUGCUUCUGCUGCACUACAAGAACUCAUUGGUCGCCAUCCAAACACCAUUCUUGAAGGCAUCCCGUUGGUUCAGGUCGUUGAUUAUCAUGCUGUGGCACGCCGCUCGAGAGCAAUGAUCGAAGUCGCCAAGGCAGCAGCAGCCCUUGAUCGUAUCUAUUGGAGUCCUCUUGUGAAUUCUCUGCUGUUUUGGAGAGGUAUUGGUUCAGCCGACGCCGAGUCUCGAAGGAUGGCUGCAACAUCACUUGGUGAAUUGAGUCUUCAGGAAUCCUACCGAACCAUCAACAUCGUCCUCCAACGCCUCCGUCUACGACUCUCAAAUAUCCCUCAUAAUGAUGUGGAAACGAGGCACGGUUGUCUCUUAGCAAUAGCCGCAACUGUUGACGCCUUUAUUCAACAUCGUGAGACCAGAAGCGAAACUCAUAAUGACCCGGAUGCAGAUGCAGUCUCCACGGAAGUUUCCCGUCUCUGGGAUAUCUUCGAUUCACCGUUUGGCCCAACUAAGGAGGAUCUAACUCUCCAGGCCGGUCGCCCUGAGCUUACUGCCGAAGCAUCGUCACGUCUUAUAGCUUCCCUUUCUCGUGCUGCAGAAUCAAACAAAGUACAGGUGCCUGCCCAACUGCUCGAGAAAGCACUCGAUAUCCUCUUACUCUGCGUAUUCCGCGGUGAAGACACGGCGAUCGAAGCAUCGUCUGAAGCAGCUUCCAAUCUACUCCAAAUUCUACCCUCUUGGAAGCAGGAGGAAACGAUACAGGGCUGGUUUGCCAACAUUCAUGCCAGUUGGAAGUCCGCAACUGGUCGUGGCCAAGUUUCCGCCCUUGGUGCUGUGUUCCACCACCUUCCAGUCAAUAGCAGUGGAAGGAAUUCCAUCAUAGAAGAGUUACUUCGUUGCACGACGGAAGAAGAAGUAAUCGAAAAGAGAGUCUCCGCUGUUAGGUGCUUAGCCACAGGUGUCUUACCUCAUAUAGAUGUGUCCGACACCAUUGCUGGCCACUUUAUCCGAUUCUUAAAUGAUUACACUACCGAUCGUCGAGGAGAUAUUGGAUCGUUUAUACGAAUCGAGGCAAUUCAGGCAGUGGAAAUCAUUCUCGACAGGCAACACGGCAUGCCACGGCCAGCAUACGUUCAGGAUCUUAUCGGUUGCCUUUGCCGUCUCGCCGUUGAGAAGCUUGAUAAAGUGCGAUUCCAAGCAUUUGCCGCCACUGCAAAGGUAGGAACUUGUACCAGUGAUAACCCACUUGUUGAUCAUAUGGCUAACUUGAGUUUCUGUUCGCAAAGGCGCUACGAGCACUUUAGCCAGGUUUCGUCCGUGGACUACUUUUACCAGCUUCUUGAGCUUUUACAGGUCGAAUGGCUCCGAGUUCCACUGGUUCAAGGUCUUAUAACUUCUGCAAGUGCAGGAACAGAAGGGUUGAUUCGCGCAUCGCGCUCAGCCAUGGUCGAGUUCAUCGAGAAGAACAUGGGCGACCAAAAAAGCGUGUGGACCAUUCGACUUAUCGAAGACUUGGCAACGAUUCUGGAAAAGAACCUUGCAGAUGACCGUUACGCAAUCCCGGCUAUGGACAUUGCUGGCUUCUUGCUCGAUAACUGCUUGCCCCUGGCAGCGACUGGUCUAGAGACGAGUUUGCGGAAGCUCUUUGUCCUUGUCCAAAAAGCACACUAUAAGUCAUCGAACAUUCCACGGCUCGAGACUGCGAUCAGAGUUUACGCAGCGCUAUCCCGCGUCGAGUCCAUUAGAAUAGACGUCUUGAAGAAGCUGACGAGCAUGCUUUUACAUCCGUACCCGAAGAUCCGGACAAUUGUUGCCGAUUGCCUGUUUAUGGAGACGCAAUCUAGGACCGUAAAGAUGGAGGACUGGUCUGCGCAGCCAAAGCAAUUGAAGAGUGCGGCUGAGAAACUUCCGCUCCGGAACUCUAUCCUUGGCCAUCCAAUUCAAUUCGAUAUCAGCGGGAUCUCCAAAGUCCAGACGCCGCCGCAUAGAAUACCUUCGCAGCGCCUCAAACACAAGACAAGAUACGGCGCUCAACAACUACCUUGGCAAGAUCAAGAUGACAUCUCUAGCUGUGUCUCCCACGGGACUUCCUCCCAAUCCCACGUCCGUAACCUCGAAGAACGAAUGAAGAUCGACGAGAUCAAGGAGGCCCUCACCACAAUCUUCUCCGAGUAUGGCAAGAUUAUCGAUAUUGUCGCGAAGAAGAACCUGAAGGCGAAAGGCCAGGCGUUCGUCGUCUUUGACAACGUCGAGUCCGCGGCGCGCGCCAUCGAGGAGAUCAACGGUUUCGACCUGUUCGGGAAGCCGAUGGUGUUGGAUUAUGCGAAGACGAGGAGCGAUGCGACGGUCUUGAAGGAUGGGGGGCCCGAGGAGUUGGAGGUGCAUAAGCGGAGGCGGUUGGCUGAGAAGGAACGAAAGCAAGCCCAGGAAGCGCUCGAGGCGCAGAAGAAGCUGAAGCGUCCCGCCGGCGUUGGCCCUGGGCCGGCCGAAUCCGGUCGUCCAGCGAAAGCAGCCCGGGGCGCUGGACUCAAGCCCUCCAACGCGGCCGCUGCUCCUGUCAUCCCCGACGAAUACCUUCCGCCGAACAAGAUCCUGUUCCUCCGAGAUCUGCCCGACAACAUCGACUCGGAGACCCUUAUCUCCGUCUUCGGCCGCUUCGAAGGCUUCCGCGAGGUGCGGUUGGUACCGGGCCGCAAGGGAAUCGCGUUCGUCGAGUACGAGAACGAGUCGGGUGCUAUCAGCGCCAAGGAGGCGACGUCGGGGAUGCCGAUGGGGGACAGUGGCAGGCCGAUUCGGGUCACCUAUCAGAGACAAUAA